GCUGCCGAACGACGCUGCUCAGCUGCCUAACGGUUCCACUCAGCUGCCUAACGGUUCUGCUCAGCCAGUUUCUCCCGGGAGAGGCUGGAGUGUCCAAAAGCUUGGCCCAACCGCGAUUUCUCCUGGUGUCAGGGCUGGUACGGGGACCGAAGAAGGGCGAGGGCGAGCAGCGAGGACUGGGGAAGGGCCAGCAGCAGGAGGUGCGGGCUCUCUCUAACAGGUGGCCGCAGUCAUGAAGAGACUCUGUGCUGCCUGUGUCAAGCGCGAGACGGGCCCGGAGCGCCCGAGCCCCUUCAGUCAGCUGGUUUACACCGACAACAACUCUUACGUGAUUCACCAUGGGGAUCUCAGGAAGAUCCACAAAGCUGCCUCCCAGGGCCAAGCCUGGAAACUGGACAGGAUGAUGAAGAAGACGACAAUGGACCUCAACAUAAAAGAUGCAAAGAAGAGGACUGCUCUACACUGGGCCUGUUUCAAUGGCCAUGCGGAAGUAGUAACACUUCUGGUAGAUAGAAAGUGCCAGCUUGAUGUCCUUGAUGGAGAAAACAGGACACCUCUGAUGAAGGCUCUGCAAUGCCAGAGGGAGGCUUGUGCAAAUAUUCUCAUAGAUUCUGGUGCUGAUUCAAAUAUUGUAGAUGUGUAUGGCAACACGGCUGUCCAUUAUGCUGUUUACAGUGAGAAUUUGUCAGUGGUGGUAAAAUUGCUGUCCUGUGGUGCAGACAUCGAAGUGAAGAACAAGGCUGGCCACACACCACUUUUACUGGCCAUAAGGAAAAGAAGUGAGCAAAUUGUGGAAUUUUUACUGACAAAAAAUGCAAAUGCAAAUGUAGUUGAUAAGUUUAAAUGCAUUCAUCAACAACUUUUGGAAUAUAAACAAAAGAUAUCUAAAAAUUCUCAAAAUAGCAAUCCAGAAGGAACAUCUGAAGGAACACCUGAGGAGGCUACACCCUUGGCGGAAAGGACACCUGACAAGGCUGAAGGCUCGGUGGAAGGAACACCUGACGAAUAGGAUACAGUAAAUUCCUCUUCAAAGAUUUUAGCCUGUAAACAUCCUUUAAAAUUCAAGAGGGGGAAGAUUAAGUACAAUGAGUUCUGAGUUCCCCUUCAAAGAACAAAUAUGUCAGUGUGUUCAGCUUCUCUGUUCUUUGUUCUCCAUUUUAAAGUUUAACUUCCUUGUUCUUUGUGCCUCCUUGCCCCUAGUUUCAUUAAACAACCCCCUUCUAGCCUCUAACACCUGCUCUGUCUUUAGUCAUUCUUAGUCACCUGCUCUGUCCUUAGUCAUCCUUAGAUACCUGCUCUAUAACUGUCUUUCCCUCUGAAACUACUCACCUGGCCACUCCAGCUCAUACCCCUGCCCUCUUUGAAACAGCCAGUCUGAAUUAGCUUAGAGUGUGCAGUCCAACCCUAUCCAGUACCGGAAAGACAUAACAGUAGGGACUAGCUGCAUUAGGAAUAAGAACCCUUUCCCCUCCCUUGUCCGGUGUGAUCUUGCCCAUUGCUCCAUCUGAAAGACCACUCUUCUAUAGAAGUAAAUUUGCCUUGCU